UUGACGUUAUAGCAGAACGUCGAUCUAAGUAUAAAUAACAACAGUCGAUAGUAUUAGUUUAAUUUAAAUUUUGUUGAAGACGGAUUGGGUAUAAGUCGUAAUUGUUUGGUAUAAAUUCUGUUGUAAACCGCACUCGAAGCGAUGGCACGUACAAAACAAACGGCCCGUAAAUCUACUGGUGGAAAGGCACCCCGCAAGCAACUUGCUACAAAAGCGGCAAGGAAGAGUGCUCCAUCUACUGGUGGAGUCAAAAAGCCCCACAGAUACAGGCCAGGUACUGUUGCCUUGAGAGAAAUCAGAAGGUACCAAAAGUCCACUGAGUUGUUGAUCAGAAAGCUUCCGUUUCAGCGUCUGGUGAGGGAGAUUGCCCAAGACUUCAAAACUGAUCUAAGGUUUCAGAGUGCUGCCAUUGGGGCUCUGCAGGAAGCAAGUGAAGCUUACCUUGUUGGUCUAUUUGAGGAUACAAAUCUCUGUGCCAUCCAUGCCAAAAGAGUAACAAUUAUGCCAAAAGAUAUUCAGCUUGCAAGGAGAAUCCGAGGAGAGCGUGCUUAAAACUUUUUUUUUUUUUGGAAAAGACAUUUCAGACCUUUUGACUUUUUAAAAGACUUUUAUUGAAACAAGAACCUUCUUGUGGAGGCUUAUUUUAUAUUGGUUUUGAAGAGAUGUUAGUGGUUUACAGUGCAAAGUAGCAAGUAUUUUAUAAGACAUUCCUUCAACUUUUUGCUCAGGUUUUUCCAAACAGUAAGUUUGUAUUUGUUCUGUGGUUAGUAUAAGCUGGGUUCUUUUGCAUGCUAAUAGAAUAGCACCCUUUAGAAUAGAACUUCUGUCUUUUUGCAUUGUGAUGACUUGUAAAUAAACUUUCCACUACCUCA